AUGUUUGCUGCCAUAUCCAGUCAAUCAUUUCGAUCAGCCCUGAAGCCCUGGUCUAAAAAUAGCUUGCUGUCAUUCACUGCUGCCUCUGCUACAGCAGCUGUUAGGUUUCAAUCUACAUGGGCAAAGCAGAUUCAAGGCACUUCAUUGACCGAGGAUUCUCUUCAUGUCAAGUGGGCCAAUCAAGCAAGCACCUAUAGUUUUCUGUGGUUGAGAGACAACUGCCAGUGUCCUCAAUGCUUGCACCCCUCCAGCCGUCAAAAGCUCCACUCCUCGGCCGACAUUCCCCUCGACAUCAAGCCCAUUGACUUCAAGAUCCUGGGCGAGGAAGCCGAGAUUACCUGGAAUCAACCUUUAAGACAUCGCUCGAAUGACACAGAUUCACAUGUCAGCCGAUUUCCUCUUGAAUUCCUCAAGCGCUAUGAAUCAAGCAAAUCCAGCGAACAGUUUCGAUUCAACCACUUGGUGCCUCAAACAUGGAAAGCCAAUGACUACAAAUUAGACUGGGUAUCGUAUGAUGAUUACAUGAAUACAGAUGAGGGCCUUCAUACGGUAGUUCAACGUUUGUACAACAAAGGACUCGUGUUCCUCAAGGAUGUUCCUUUAAAGGACGAAGCCUGCACUCAAGUGGCAGAGAGGAUCGGCCCUAUCCAAGAGACAUUUUACGGCAGAGAUUUUGAUGUCAAGAAUGUAGCCAAAUCCAUCAACAUUGCUUACACUAGUUUAUACCUCGGUUUUCAUAUGGAUCUUAUGUACAUGGAUAGUCCUCCUGGCAUUCAGUUGCUACACAGUUUGCAAAACACAGUGACAGGCGGUGCCAGCAUCUUUGUGGAUUCCUUCCGUGCAGUAGAAUUGCUAAAAGAAAAGUAUCCCCAAGACUAUGAGAUCCUCCGAAAGACACCUGUCACUUUCCACUACCUCAACAAUGGCCAUCACAUGUAUUACAAGAGACCGACUAUUGUUACUGGCGAGUCUCAAAGUGGGCCUGCCUGGGAGAGCCAUGUGAAUUACGCUCCUCAAUUCCAGGGACCAAUGGAUGAUUUGACACCAGCAGAAUCCAUCAAGUUUUACGGUGCUUUCCAAAAGUUUGCUGAUUUCAUUGAAGAUGAAUCGCUUCGAUACCAAUUGACAUUGCAGCCUGGACAGCUCGUCAUGUUUGCUAAUCGCAGAGUGUUGCACGGCAGAACCUCGUUUGAUCCUGCUAGUGGAGAUAGACAUCUCAAGGGUACCUAUUUGAACUUGGAUUCCUUAAAGGACAAGCUCAGAGUCCUGAAUCAAGCCUAUGGCUAUGAUCCCCGUGUAUAA